AUGGCCCCGAGCUCCAGCACGAACGGCUCUGAGCCCCUGGGUGCUGGGGCCAGUGAGUGCCUGGGGUACCUGACUGCUCAGAACCGGUCGGCCCGGAACAGCACCGCGGGGGCCCACGUGACCCAGCCAGACCCCCAGCACCUCCUGAUCAGUGCCCAGCAGCAAGAGCCCGACUACGUGGCCAUCCCCGUCACCAUCUUCUACAGCCUGCUCUUCGUCUUCGGGCUCCUGGCCAACGGGCUGAGCGUGCUGACGCUGCUGCGGAGCGGGCGCAUGAGGGCGAGCGCCGUGCGCUUCUACCUGCUGAGCCUGGCCACGGCCGACGUGCUGAUGCUGCUCACCGUGCCGGUGACCCUGUACCGCUACUUCUGGCAGUACUACCCCUGGGCUCUGAGCGACGCCGUCUGCAAGCUCUACUUCAUGGCCCGCCAGCUGUGCUGCGCCACCACCAGCUGGACCAUCGUCGCCUUCACCACGGAGCGCUACGUGGCCAUCUGCCACCCCAUGUGGGCCAUCACCGGCCUGCGGCAGUCCCGCAUGGCCUACCUGCUGGCCCUUAUUUGGCUGCUGGCCCUCAUGAGCUCGGUGCCCCUUACCGUGGUCUACGGGCAGGCGUCAGCCUGCAUCCUGGACUACACCUCCACCCGCCGGGAGAAGAGUGUCUUUCUCUCCACCGUCUGCGAGAUGCUGGAGCCCAAGCCGUACAUCAUCUACAGGAGAAUCAUCGAAGCGCGCAGUGUCCUCUGCUUCCUGCUCCCCCUGGCUGCCAUCGUCACCUUCCACCUCCUCAUCUUCCGCCACCUCAGCCAGACCCGCCGGCAGCGGGAGGAGAUGGCUCUGACCCACCGCUGCUCAAGGGGCUUCUCCGCACAGGUCAACCAGCCCCCUGGGAGCCUGCCUCCGUCGGAGAGGAAGGCCCGGCACCUCAUGGGUGCUGUGGUGGCUGCGUUUUUCUUUUGCAACUUCCCCGACACGGCGUCAUCCCUGAUGCACAUUUACAUUCACAGCUGGAGCACCAGCGUCCUGGUGCUCUACACCUGGCUGAAGACCUACCUCUCACUGCCUCUCUGGUACCUCAACAGUGCCCUGGACCCCCUCCUCUUCUGCAUCUCCUCAGCCUCCUUCCGCAACGCCUGCCGCGAGAGCCUCCCCCCACUCCUGCCCUGGAUCAGCAAGAAACUGCAAGGCUCCUGUGUCAGGUCGGGAGGGCAAGCGCCCAGGGCUGGAAGAUCUUUGUGGACCUUAAAUUCCACCAAAGGGGAGCCAAGCAAAUCCUCCAGAGACUCUCAGCCCAGUGAGCCCCAGCUCCUCUCCUGUGGGAAGAGAGCGGGCCCGUGA